AUGACAGUCCAGGAGGCUCUGGAAGUCAUCAUUGAUCAUGACAGUGAAAUAGAGGAGGAUGUGUCUGAAGAUGAAGACCAUCUUGAGAUAAAUUCUGAUUCUAACGAUUCUGAUUUUGAACCAGAUGUGGGAAUUGCUAUUCCUAUUCCUCCAAGCGAGACAUACAUGUCAAAAAAUGGUGAAAUACAGUGGUCUUCAUCCCCAAAUAAGCGUCAGGCAAAACUGUCCGCAGAAAACAUAAUCAAGACAGUGCCAGGGCCCACGAGGAUGGCAGUGACUCGUGUGACUGACAUCAAGUCAACUUUUGAACUGGUCAUGCCAGAUUCAAUAAAGAAAGUCAUUCUGGAAAUGACUAAUCUGGAAGGGAGGCGUGUUUUUGGGGAGAAUUGGAAGGAGCUAGACAAAACACAUUUAGAUGCAUAUUUGGGGCUACUCAUCCUUGCUGGGGUCUAUAAGUCGAAGGAUGAAUCAACAGCCAGUCUGUGGGAUGCAGAGACAGGCAGAGCUAUAUUUCCGUACUCAAUGUCUCUGGAGACUUUUCACAUUUUCUCCAGAGUAAUCCGAUUUGAUAAUCGAGAGACAAGGGCUGGUAGACGGGAGAGAGACAAGCUGGCAGCUAUUAGGACUGUGUGGGACAAGUGGGUAGAGCAACUUCCACUACUCUAUAACUCAGGCCCUAAUGUCACAGUGGAUGAAAGGCUGGUGGCAUUCAGAGGUCGCUGCCCAUUUAGGCAAUACAUGCCUUCCAAACCGGCUAAAUAUGGAAUAAAAAUCUGGGCAGCAUGUGAUGCUAACACCAGCUAUGCACUGAACAUGCAGGUUUACACUGGAAAGCCGGUUGGAGGAGCCCCAGAGAAGAAUCAGGGCACAAGGGUCGUGCUCGACAUGGCACAGGGUCUCAGGGGGCACAACAUAACCUGUGACAAUUUUUUCACAAACUACAAUUUGGGUCAGGAGCUUCUAAAGAGAAAGCUCACAAUGGUCGGAACUGUUCGAAAGAACAGGGCUGAACUCCCUGCUGAGCUACUGGUAAUCAAGAACAGGGCCCCUCAGUCUUCCAUGUUUGCCUUCACAGACACCACAGCCCUAGUGUCUUACUGCCCCAAAAAGGGAAAAAAUGUUGUGCUCAUGAGCACUCUGCACAAAAAUGCUGAAAUCAACACAAGAGAGGACCAGAAACCAAGCAUGAUCCUUGAUUACAAUGCCACCAAAGGGGGGGUAGACAAUUUGGACAAAGUGACAGGGUCCUACAGCACCAAACGCAUGACAGCGCGCUGGCCAUUGGUCAUCUUUUAUAACAUGCUAGAUGUAUCAGCCUACAAUGCGUUUGUCAUUUGGACUGAGAUCUGUCCUGACUGGAAUGUGUCAAAGCUCUACAAGAGGCGCAUCUUUCUGGAGGAACUGGGGAAGGCGCUUGUGACACCACAUAUCCAACGGAGGCAGCACCUGCCAAGGACCCCAGCCGCUGCAGCCUCGGUGAGGGACAUCCAGGAGAGGACUGCACCAAGUACUACACCAGUGCGUGAGGUUGCUGCAGAGGGGAAAAGAAAGAGGAAGAGGUGCCAGGUCUGCAGGCCAUCUGACGAUGUCAAGACAAGCAUGACCUGUGUGAAAUGUGCAAAAUUCAUUUGCACAAAGCACAGUGUGGUGACAUGUCACUCGUGUGCUGUGUAG